CCUCCUCCACCAAAGAGUCUUAAUCAUUCCAAGGUCACCGAGGACAGAAUUGACAUUCGUUGGGAAAAACCUGCAGCGAACGACUUUUUCAAAAUAUUUGGUUACAUAGUAAGCCACAAAGAAAAGUCUCAAUUAAAAUACAAGACGCAGAAUAUGUCAUCAGAUGCAUCUAAUGUUGUAUUACGUGAAUUGAAAAGUGAUACAUUUUACGACAUCACAGUCCAUGGAUAUAAUAAAGAGGGCAGUGGAGACAAAAUAGAAAUUUCAGUAAAGACAAAAGAAGAGGAUUCGUCUAAUGUUGUGGUGGUUAUUAUUAUUGUUGUUAUCGUUGUUGUGCUUCUUAUCAUCGUCGGCAUUGUAGUUUUCUACAAAAUAAGAAAAAGGACAAGAGAAAGGGUUUUGCGUCGUCACAAAAUAAUGUAAAGAAAACCAUCGACACAGACCCUGAUUGGACAAAAUUUGCAUCUGGAGCAACCAAUGGGUAUGGGUAAAAUGCGUUAGCCAAACGAACAAGUCCAGGCGAGAUAUAUUAUGUGCUGGAAAGCAUGUUGAUAAAAUUAAUCGUCUCAGAGCUCGUGCAUUCGACUCCUGCUGUUGGUUAUAGGUUCUUUAAAGCAAUGCAUUUUAGACGGCAUUUUGAUUAGUUGAGCGAUAAUUCAAGAUGUACCCUUCAUUACUUUCUGUUAUCUCAAGGAUGACAAUCGUCUCAAUAACGAUGUUUGCCGUUCUUUCAAUCUGGACCAACGUGCAAGCAGGUAGCAUCAAAUGUGGCAACUUUUCUUGCAAUGCGGACGCGAUUUGUCAAAACACAAACCGGAGUUACAUUUGCAUCUGCAAUUCUGGGUACAGUGGAAACGGGACGCACUGUAAAGAUAUUGACGAAUGUUCAGGCAGACCUUGUCACAAAAAUGCUACAUGUGCAAAUACAAUUGGCUCAUUUAAUUGCACCUGCAAAGAAGGACUUCGUGGCGAUGGCUUUAAUUGUGGAGAUAGCAUCAAAUGUGGCAACUUUUCUUGCAAUGCGGACGCGAUUUGUCAAAACACAAACGGGAGUUACAUUUGCAUCUGCAAUUCUGGGUACAGUGGAAACGGGACGCACUGUAAAGAUAUUGACGAAUGUUCAGGCGGACCUUGUCACAAAAAUGCUACAUGUGCAAAUACAAUUGGCUCAUUUAAUUGCACCUGCAAAGAAGGACUUCGUGGCGAUGGCUUUAAUUGUGGAGAUAGCAUCAAAUGUGGCAUAUUUUCUUGCAAUGCGGAUGCGAUUUGUCAAAACACAAACGGGUGUUACAUUUGCAUCUGCAAUUCUGGGUACAGUGGAAACGGGACGCACUGUAAAGAUAUUGACGAAUGUUCAGGCGGACCUUGUCAUGAAAAUGCCACAUGUGCAAAUACAAUUGGCUCAUUUAAUUGCACCUGCAAAGAAGGACUUCGUGGCGAUGGCUUUAAUUGUGGAGUCCCAAUGGCAGGAUUUGAAGAUGAUGACGAUGAUGACGAUGAACUAAGUUAUGGUUAUGUAGCCCUUAUUGUUGUUAUUCUCUCAUUCUCAAUUGUCAUCUGCGUUUUUGCGCUGUUAGUCUAUCAACAAAAAAGAGAGAAGGCAAAAGCAGUAAAAGAAAAACAGGUCGCGGCUUCUUUAAGAACUUCACUGGAAAUGGAAACUAAAGAUGGCCAAGUCGAAAACAGUGGGUACAACUAUAAUGACGACAGGGAAGAUGUGAAAAACGCCUGAGCUAUAUAUGUUCUGGCAAAUAGAACCACGUCUGGUGUUGCAAGUCCUGUCGCAAACUUUGUUUCAAACGUGACGCUCCUUAGGAAGGCCAUCAGGUCAAAACAAAUUUUUUAUCUAUUUUAGGCAACCUCAUAAGGCAGGCUUUUCUACCUACGCCCCAUGGCUAACACUGCGGCGAAAGCCCUGGUUCAUGCUGGUCAUGUGACAGCGCAAAAUCUCCCAGAUUAUGCGAGAUUUUUAAGUAGCGCUAAGUUCAACGCUAUAAUAGAGGGGUGGCAAAAUUAACAUGCCACUUCCGCCAUUUUUAACAUUUAUGACAGUCCAGGUGGUUUUGCACUGCCGCUAAGCAAUAAAUACUAAAAAUAGCAGUUCAGUCCAUGCUGGAACACGCUGUUUUAACCGUAUAUGAUUUAUGCGCUGCAUUGUAUUCCACCCAUUUCCGUGCGGGAAAGACGUGCCAAAAGAAUCACGUGACCAGCAUGGACCAGGUUUUCGCCGCAGCGUGCCUGUGGAGCGUAGGUAGAUAAGCCUGGGUUGCAAGGUUGCAUUUUGAGCAUACCACAUUUGAUGCGGAGUGAUUUGUCGGCUACACGUUGCAUCCUGGUAUUCGAAUUUUUUGUAUGCAGAAUUCUAUUUAAUAUUAUUUUUAUUUUUUUUAUGAUAAUAAUACACUAAAACAUCUCGCUAUAU